UCGCUGUAUCAAUGCAGUGCGCAUGCGCGUUACCCGGAUGGCAGACAGUGGAAGAUGGCUUCGUCCAUGAACGGUAUGUUUCAAGGCCAGCAGCCGCCCGGUGCUCAUCCCGUUGGGGGGCCUCCUGGACCGGCUCAGCCGAGCUUUUCCGGUACCGCUCCCCGGGUUCAGGGGAACAACACCCUGGUGGACGAACUGGAGGCUUCCUUCGAGGCUUGUUUUUCAUCGUUAGUAAGUCAGGACUAUGUGAACGGUACGGAUCAGGAGGAGAUUCGAACCGGCGUGGACCAGUGCAUCCAGAAGUUCCUGGAUGUGGCUCGGCAGACUGAGUGCUUCUUCCUACAGAAGAGGCUUCAGCUCUCUGUGCAGAAACCAGAGCAGGUGUUGAAAGAGGACGUGUCGGACCUGCGUAAUGAGCUGCAGAGGAAAGAACUGCUGGUCCAGAAGCAUCUGGCCAAGCUGCACCACUGGCAGCAGGUGCUGGAGGACGUUAGCGGUCAACAUCGUAAACCCACAGACCUUCCCCCUCCGGGACCACUAGCCUUCCUGGAACAGGCCUCGGCUAGUCUGCCCCCAGCUCCUCUAAAACCCAGCUAAGACACCAAAGCGCCUUCUCAUCUGUAGAAGCCGCCAUGUUGAAGGAGAAGCUCCAUCAGGACGGAUACAUGCGUUUAGGUUUGUAGACUGUAUAGACGACUGUCGUUGGACCGAUGUACAUUUUUACUUUUACGGAGUUUUUUUCUAGUGUUUGAUGUAAAUAUUUUUUAAUGUAAAAAUAAAAUAAACGAGUCUGAUACUAUUUUCUCACCACAUGA